UCUCCCGUCCCUUCCCCAGUUGCCCUUGCCAUUGUUUAUCCCGGCCUAUAACUAGUACAAGACCGAGCCCGACCCCCGGCCACUGGAGCUGCAGGGCCGCAGGCGGCAGGCACGCACGCAGGGAGAGAGAUAGAUAAAAGGUCGCCCCCUUGAGGACAGGGCAGGGCAGCUGAGGGCAAUGAGCGCUGGCGGAGGCGGCGGCGGCACCAGCACGCUUGGCGGCGGGGGCCCGAGCGGCAGCGGCAGCGGAGGCCCUGGAGGAAGCGGCGGCGGCGGGCCUUGCGGCGCGUGCAAGUUCCUCCGGCGCAAGUGCGUCAGCGGCUGCAUCUUCGCGCCCUACUUCGACUCGGAGCAGGGCGCGGCGCACUUCGCGGCCGUGCACAAGGUGUUCGGCGCCAGCAACGUGUCCAAGCUGCUGCUCCAGAUCCCGGCGCACAAGCGCCUCGACGCCGUCGUCACCAUCUGCUACGAGGCCCAGGCGCGGCUCCGCGACCCCGUCUACGGCUGCGUCGCCCACAUCUUCGCGCUCCAGCAGCAGGUGGUGAAUCUCCAGGCCGAGCUGACCUACCUGCAAGCACACCUCGCCACGCUCGAGCUGCCGGCCCCGCCCCCGCUGCCGGCCCCGCCGCAGAUGCCCAUGCCAGGCCCGUUCUCCAUCUCGGACCUGCCGUUGUCGACCAGCGUCCCCACCACCGUCGACCUGUCCGCGCUCUUCGACCCGCCACCACCGCAGUGGGCGACGGCGCAGCAGCCGCACCACCACCAUCAACAGCCGCCGCAGCACCACCAGCUCCGGCAACCGGCGCCGUAUGGCGCUGGCGCGUCCGUCAGGCCCGGCGGCGGCCCCGGCAUGGCAGAGAGCUCAGGCGGAGACGAGCUGCAGUCGCUGGCGAGGGAGCUCCUGGACCGCCACCGGUCCGGCGGCGUGAAGCUCGAGCACCCGCCGCCACACUCAAGAUGAGCUGGAUGGGGGAGUAGAAGGAUCAAAAACCCGUGCAGAACAAGGUGAGAGUUGGCGCCCGGCAGUAUCGAGGGAGAUAGGGGUCGGUGACGGGCGAUGUCCAGCACAGCAGGAGUAGGUAAGCAGCAUUGGCCGGUUUUCGCGUACCCAGCACCCCUGUUGUUAAUCGGCUGGGGUGCAAUGGCGGCGCCCACUUGCUUGAUAUAUUCUCCAGUUUGAUCAUAUUUGCUCCAAGACAAAAGAAAGAGUGCUGGGGAUCGACGAGAGUAUUACUAGAAUUGACAUGUAUUAGUAACAUUAUUGUUACCUUUGAUACCGUUCCAUUAGUUGCAAGAUUUUUAUUAAGAAAAGAAUCUCAACAUGGUUUCUAUACUGUU